AGCAACAGAUUGGAAACCAGCAUGAGUGAUGGUCUGUGACAGAACCAUCUUCAUUUUCCUGCAUCUCAUGUUCUCAUUUCAUUAUAGCAGAGUGUGUUUAAAAAUAUAUAUUAAGAGUGAUAACUGAUUCACAUCCGUAUGGCAUUUAACUGCAAUUAAGUAUGGCCUACAGUGUUCUUGUCUGUCUGUACAGCUUUUUCCAGAAAAAAGUCUGCUUUGCUAUUUAUUGUUACACAUUGCUCUUAUCAAAAUCAAUACUGGAGUUGAAAAAAAAAUAUCUCAACAGUACUGCUGCUCUUUAGCCUACUAACUAUUCUUUAUUUCGCCGUGAUGAGGACAUCUCAUUUGAUGUCAACUGGCCCACAAGAGGACAAAACAUACCCACCUAGGAUCACUGUUGUUAUACAGUAAGAUGACGUUUCCUUAGGGGUCAGUCACAUGACUAGCGUUGUACAGUAAAAACCCAAUAUGGCAGAAAUGGUGGCUCUUGCACGGUAACUAAAGCAACAUUUCCACUCAAACAGCAAGACACACUUAUAAUCGGUCGACACUCCGCACCGACCGAAAACAUGAGGGAGAAACAGAGGAAGAAGAAGGGGCGGACAUGGGCAGAAGCAGCUAAAACGGUGUUGGAAAAGUACCCCAACACUCCCAUGAGCCACAAGGAGAUCCUCCAGGUCAUCCAGAAGGAGCGUCUGAAGGAGAUCAGAAGUGGGACGUCACCCCUGGCCUGUCUGAAUGCCAUGCUGCACACUAACUCUCGCGGGGAGGAGGGCAUCUUCUACAAGGUGCCAGGCAGGAUGGGAGUCUAUACGCUCAAGAAAGACAUAGCGGACGUGGUGAAGGAGCUGUCGGAGGAGGGCUCAGAGGACAGCAGUGAUAAUCUGUCUGACAGCCGCAGCACUGAGAACAGCAGCAGCAACAACAGCAAGGAGGGCAGGAGGGGCAGAUGGCGGAGGAGGGUUCCGGCGAAGCUGAAGUCGCAGCCGUCCUCCCCGCAGUCGCGCUGCUCCUCCCCCUCGGUUCCCUCCAGCAAGCUCAUCUCGCCCUCCCAGAAGCACAGCAAGAAGGCCCUCAAGCAGGCACUGAAGCAACAGCAGCAGAGGAACCAACGGAGGCAGUGUGUGAUGGCGUCAGGUUCGAGCCCGCGACUGCUGCUGAAGAGUGUGAAGGGGCUGGCCGACAGCGUGGACGCCAAGCCAGGUAGCGCAGAUUUCCCACAAUCCAUCUCUGCAGCCCAUUCUGCCAUCACAGCCUAUCCACGCUUACGCUCAUCCGUCUCCGGCAAGACAGCGUGGGAGCUAAAACAGGUGGAGCGGCCACCCGCCAGUCCCCAGAACUCCAGCUCCUCCUCGUCCUCCUCGUCCUCAGCCAAGGCCGACUGCCCCCCCGCCAGCAGGAAGCUCUCCCAGCGCUCCAGCCGCCUCAGUGCACGGCAACUGAAACGUAGCCGGUGCGAGAUCGACGUGGAGACGCCCGACUCCAUCCUGGUCAACACCAACCUGCGUGCCCUCUUUAACAAGCACAACUUCUCCGCCCUGCCGCACGAGUGCCAGCUGAAGCUGCUCAAGCUGCUGCCCGAGGUGGACCAGCAGGCUUGCAUGGACGGCCCUGUCCUGAAGGUAACCAGCUCUGCCUUAAACAACGAGUUCUUCACCUCGGCAGCCCAGUCCUGGAAGGAUCGGCUCUCUGAAGGUGAGUUCACGCCUGAGCUGAGACUGCGGAUGAGGCAGGAGUUUGAGAAGGAGAAGAAGGUGGAGCUGUGGAAGGAGCGCUUCUUUGAGAGUUACUACGGCGAGCACUCUGGUUUGACGUUAGAAGAGUCCAGAGAGCUCCUCGAUGCUGAGGGGAAAGAAGCUCCUGUUCAGGAGCCGGCCGAGCUUCCCUGUAAAAAAUCAGCCGGACAGGCCACCGUGGACAUUCAGGAACAGAGCCAAGGCUUCCAGCCAUCUCCCACAGAAUCGGAAUCCAAACCUGCGCCAGAGAAACCGGUCAGCCAGGCGGCGUCCAGCAGUGUCCGGUCUUCUGAGCUGCCGCAGAGAAGGUCACAGGCCACCCCAGUGGGCUCCUAUACCCCCACACUCACGCGGUCGAUGUCCCUCAAGGCAGAGGCCAGUCUUGCAGCAGCAGCAACACGGGAGGCCCCCACCCCAGAAACAGCCCCAGCCCCUACAGCCCCAGCCCCAGCCCCUACAGCCCCAGCCCCUACAGCCCCAGCCCCUACAGCCCCAGCCCCUACAGCCCUAGCCCCUACAGCCCCAGCCCCUACAGCCCCAGCCCCUACAGCCCCAGCCCCUACCCCAGCCCCUGUUCCAGCCCCUACUCCAGCUCAGGAAAGACCCACUCCAGCUGCAUCCCCAGCUCCAUCCCCUACAACAGCCCCUGUCCCGGCUCCCUCCCCAGCCAUCAGUCCCCCUCAUCCUCAUCCUCCUCCUCCUCCUCCUCCUCCUCCUUCUACUGCUGCUCCGACUGCUGCUGCCUCACCUGCACCACUGGCCUCCGGCACUCCACAUAGAGAUGAGAAGACCCAGGCUGCUCGCAAGGACAGUCCAGGAACCACAUCAGCAGCAGCAGCAGCAGAGAGCCAUGUGACCUCUCCUGCUCCCUCCGCACCCCACGAGCCGCUGAAGAGGAAGUCCUCCAGCCAGCAGGAGGCAGAAGCGAGCCCUGAGAAGAAGUUGUGCCCGACUCAACCAGCAGGAGCGUCAGCCGUCACAGCAGCCUCAUCCUCCUCCUCACCCCCCACCACCACAACCUCUUCAUCACUGCCAUCACCUGCAGCAUCAGCGCCUGCUGUCACUCCCACUAAAGAGCAGAGGGUACCUCCACUCAUUAUCCCUGUAUCUCGUAUCCUGGCAGCUGCUGCUCCUCCCCCCAGUCCGGUGUCGCCCAGAGCCCCUCUGGUGGUGGCCCCCCCUCGCUCGGGCCGCACCGGCGCCCGCACGCUGGCCGACAUCAAGGCCAAAGCCCAGCAGGCGCGUGCCCAGAGGGCAGCCGCUGCCGCAGCAGGCACUUCCCCGCAUGGGGCAGGGCCUGGAUCUGGUGGGGGCAGUGCCCCCUCAACCCCCACGUCGCUGUCCAGUGGCAGCGAGACGCCAUCCCCGGUCAAACUCAGUCCCGCGUCACCAGCCCACGCUGGUCGUCUCUCUCACACGCCCCCCAGCGCCACCGCAGCUACGGACAUCAGAGCUGCGUCGGGGUCGCACAGCAACCAGUCCCACUCGCAUGCCCUUUUCAAGCCCUCGCUCGCGCACCUCCAGAGACCUCCGGUGUCCGGCCCCGGGGGAAACACGGCGGCUGUGGCGGCGGCGCUUUCGUUCGCCGCCUCUCUCAAGUCCAGCUCGUCCAUCCCAGCCAACAACCCGCUGGUCACGCAGCUGCUGCAGGGCAAAGAGAUCCCCCUGGAGAAGAUCCUGCCCAAGCCCCUGGCCCGCGGCGAGCACCCCCCCACCACCACCACCACCACCACCAUCACCACCACCAUCAUCCGCCCGCCUCCAGCACCGCGCAUGACGAGCAGAGCAGGCUUCGUCAGCAGGUCCCAGGUCAGCUGGCGACGCACAGUCCCCCGGGCACCUCUGGCCCCGCCAGGCCUGGUUUCAGAGGAGAGCAGGCCUCCUCUCACCAGCCGCGAGAUGCUGGACAAGGAGACCCAGGAGCAGAUCCUUCAGGUGUUCAUGCGGGGCCAGGCGUACAGCCCUGCGGUCCCCCAGCAUGACACUCGAGCGCUGGGCAUCCCUCCACAGUCGCUGCCUCUCCAGAGCUGCGCUGACCGGCCCUUCUGCCCCGCGGGGCUGCUGAGCCGAAAGCGCCGCUCCCGGCCAGCCAUGUCGGGCCACUACCUGCUCAACGUGUCCACCUACGGCCGCUCCGACGCCAGCAAGCGCGCCCUCCUGUCCGUCCCGCAGGCCAGCCUAAAGACAGAGAGCCUCGAGGCGGGGGAGGGGGGGCAUGUGAAGGAGGAGGAGGCCGAGGAGAGGAGGGCGGGCCUGGGGGAGGAAGAGGAGGAGAAGGGGGUGAAGAUCGAGGAGCCCGGGAGCCCACAGAGGUGCUCGUGGACGAAGCAAAUGAGCGGCAAUACCAGCAACGCACACAGCGGCUCACACGCCACCACCAGCAGCAGCGGCCACUCUGAGAGCCCGUCACUGGGCCCCUGCUCCUACGGGGGCACCAUCAGCAUGUCCGUCCCCCCCGCGCUCAACCACACCUCGACCGGCUCCGGCGCUGCUGUCUCCGCCGACUCCCCCGCCUCCGCUCAGACGUCAUCCGAGGCCGACGCCGGCAGCGGCAGCGUGAUGUCCUUCUCCGUCACUGUGACGACCAUCCCCGCCGGUCACCCGGGCAGCAACCCGGGCGAGGACUCCCCCGAGCAGGUGUUCAUGGAGGGCAGCGCCAUGGAGGAGGUGCAGUCCAAGUGCUACUGCCGCCUCAAGGCCAUGAUCAUGUGCAAGGGCUGCGGAGCCUUCUGCCACGAUGACUGCAUCGGGCCCUCCAAGCUCUGCGUCUCCUGCCUGGUGGUACGAUGAGCGCAGUGGUGGGUGACGCCCGGGAGGUGCUGAGACACGACACUCUGCCUGAGUCUCUGUGUGUAGAGAGAGAGAGAGAGAGAGAGAGAGAGAGAGAAGGAGAAGGAGGGAGCAAAGGAGGCAUGGUGUGCAGGUGUUCAGGAUCGUUGUCGUCUGGAGCCGGAGGCGAGUGGGUUCCGUUCUGACACGGAGCCUCCCUAUCUGCCUCCCUAUCACCUCUCCUCAUCAUCAGUUGGAGGCAAAACAAGCACCUUGACUUUCAAAAAAAAAAAAGAAAAGAAAAACCUGAGACACAACUUUGAGUAGUGGCAAUAUUUUCUAACUCUGAUGUUUUGUUUUGCUCAAUAUUUUUUUAAAGAUCGUCGAGGCAUAGCUUUUUUUUUUUUUUUUUUUAAAAAGAGGAAUAAAACACGACUGUGGAUAUUUUUGUAGAAACUAAAGGGCAAUUAGGGAGCUCCUGUGACACUUAGCCCCCGGUUACCCUCAGUCAGAGAUCAGCGACAGCUUGUGUGUCUGUGUGUCUGUGUGUCUGUGUGUCUGUGUGUCUGUGUGUGUGUGUGUGUGUGUGUGUCUGUGCGUGUG